AUGUCCACCCACCUCUCCUUCAACACCCCCACCACCUACACCUCCUACCACAGCGACACCACCACCUCCCAUCUCACCUACAUCCCCCUCUCAACCCCCCACACCACCGCCCUAACCAUCGAAGUCUCCGAGCCCACCGGCCUCUUCGAAUGGCUCGCCGCCAACCCCGGGAAGCUGAACCGAGUCACCAACCUCCGCAUCCGCUUCCCCGCGGACCCAGAUCCCCGCGAGCGCGACGGCAGUGCCGCGGACCUUGAUGCAGAAGACGAAGACCACCGCGAGCAAGACGACGAGCGCGCCGAGGACGAUGAUACAGAAGCCGACGGCCUGCCAAAGCACGGCCGAGCGUCCCAAUGGGUGACCCUGCUGGACGCGCUAGCCAGACGACAAGCGCCGGGGUUUGAUAGCAUCGCGCUCUUUUUCGCGGCGGGGGAUGCGCCGAGCUCGACGUGGGACGGGGCCGCGAAGCUGGCCUCGAGCUCGGAGUUAGGUGGGCGUAGGGGAUUCGGGAAGGACGUCGAUAUCGUUCGCGCGGUGGCGAAGCUCAAGGUGCAGGAGGGGGAUGGGACGGGGGUUGUGCUCGAGGGCUUCUACGCGCAGCCGUGGCGGGAGUAUUUGGAGAAGGAGAUGGGUGUGACGGUAGUGGAGUGGCGGGCUGGGGUUGGGGAGGCGGCGAUGGGGAAGUUGAGGGGGUGGCAGGUUGGGACGGAGGGGUUGAUGCCGGGUCGUGAGCAUCUGGCAAAGAUCUUCGCCGGCUCCCUCCCACCUCCGCCAACUCUGCACGCACAUGCCCUCGCCCUCGCCCUCGCCCCCCUUGCCUCAUCAUGGCAAUCCCCAUGCUCAAGUGACGACGGGCAAAUGCCGACGGGAGGUGGAAUAAGCAGGCAGCUCGCACGAUCAUCCGGGGGAGCGGCAGCGGCACAAAAGGACGCGCACGAGAUCGUGGAUCAGGCGAAGUAA